AUGCCCAUCCAGCAGCUUUCUGAGACGGAGUAUUCGACCGACCGUUCAAACAACAAUGACUUCCACAAACUGGCCUCACUCCAUCAUUGGGGGCGAGAUCAACAGGCCAAGGACGGGAACAGUGAUGAAUCCGGGCUCAAGACGAGAACCCCAACCAACGCCUCGGAUAACUACAACAACGACGACUGGUCCCUCCCAGGCUCCUCCCUUGACUCCUUGAGAGAUUGCGACCGAGAUGUGGGUUGUGGGUGGUGGUUGACUGUCCCUGAGCAAGUUCUCACUGACCUUGUUCAUCUCUUUUUCGACAAGAUCCAAGCCUGGCUUCCACUUCUCCACCGACCGAGGUUCUUUGAUCGCUACAUGAACAACGGCGUCUUUGCCAAAACUCGCAUGCGGCCCAUUUCAGACACAGACUCACUACUGCUCUGCGGCAUGUUUGCCCUGGCUGCCCGACAUUCGUCAAACCCGUGGUUCCAGGACAUCCCAGCACCAGACCGCGGACAGCGCUUCGCGGACGAUGCUAACAAAUACUACGAUAUGCCUCGUGCGUCCGAGCAAGGGCCAACGCUUGAGCACCUCCAGGGCUGCAUCCUGCUGGCUUUCUACGAGUACUCUUCCGGGCCUUCGCACCGCGCCUGGAUCCUUGCCGGUGUCUGCGUUCGUCUGGCCUACGAUUUGAACUUGUGCAACAUGGAUGAGCAAGAAGAUGACUGCCUCGACUUAUGGGACUGGUCGUAUAAAGAGGAACAGCGGCGAGCGUUUUGGCUGGUCUGGGAAGUCGAUACGUUUGGCUCCGUCAUGUCCAGACGCCCAAGUUCUAUCAACCGCUCCAUGAUGGCCGUACGGCUGCCGGUGUGCGAUGCGGCCUGGUUCACCGACAACCCAGUAAAGUCUCCAGUCAUCGAUCCGAGGCCUUCUGAAGCUUGGAAGAUUCUAGUCGAUUCGCCGAAUCAAGAUGAGCGAGCGUGGUACCUCGUGGCCAACUUACUCAUGAUAGUUGCGAGCGAGUUCGCUGCUGGUCGACACACUUGUCGACGCGACAAAGAUGAGCUCAUUGACGCCAUCAUAUGUUUCUCCAUCGCCAUAUCGCAGAGAUUUAACUUGGAGAAUCUUGAAUUCUCCGGCCCCGACAACGACGCUGCGAGGCAAAAUUGGGUGAUUGGCAUGCACCUGAUGCUUAUGUGUGCCCGCGUUACCAUACGGGCGAGUUUUGUAGCACCACGUCCAAGGGCGCUCAGCUUUUCGCAACAUAUGUCUCGUAUCCUGUACCAAUGGCGACCUGAGUACAUCAGGUUGAGCCAACCGUUCCUUGCAUGCUGCCUGCUAUCAGAUCGGGCGUACCCCUCCGAAGAGACGGUGCAGGCUCUAGAUGUACCCUACCACAGCAUCGAGAUGGUGAAUCUGGUAUUGUCUCAAUAUGCCUCGGUCUGGAAGCUUGCGGCCGUUUUGUUAGACUUGAGGACAUCUUUGAUCCGUCGCAACCGACUCUCAGCAGAUGCCUUGCUUGAACGGCGUUUUGCUCUGUACUUCCCUCAUCGUGCCUCCCCCGGGCGCUCCAAAGACCAUGAGGAUGACCAGGCUAGCUUGAUGAUAGGGACUACUGGUGAGGAAACGAGAGACGACAAUAGGGCCGACGAAGAGGACGGCCCCGACCCUGUGCUAGGGUUGCAGCAGAUUUCCCAACUUCCCAGGGAACUAGAGGAUGCAGAAGCGCAGAUGAUUGAGCUCCCCAAUAUGCCUGACCGAGAGUUAACCGAGUUUCCGCACUUGGAUAGCCGAAAUGAUUGGAGUUCCCGGCUCCCGCUGGAUUAUGUCAGUGACGAGAACAUGCAGCUCGACUACCUACAGUUGUAA